ACUAAGGCUGUAUUUGAUACAUUACUGGGGUUGGCAGAGAUGCAUUACAGAGGCUGUUUGAUGCAUUACUUCAGCUGGCAGCUGAAUUGCUGAUAAGACACCUUUUGGGGAAAGGAGUAGGAGUAAAGUCUAAUGAAUUGUGCAAUAAGAAACCCUGUGGCUGUAAAGGGGUUAAUAGUGAUAGUGAGAGAAAGGAAGGGCACAGCCUGGGAGGUGGAGACUGGAGAGACAGAGAGGAAUUUGGGGGAAGUCACCAAGACAGAACCAGGGAGGAGACCAGGGAUAAUAAUACAGAGCCUGCAAUCUGUCACCCCUUCUGUGACCAUACCCAUUUCAUUGCUUCUCCAAAGCUCAGCUGACCACCACAGCCGCGAUGAUUGAAGUAAUGAAGAAACUGGCGCUGAACAGGGCUGUCUGCGAGGGAUCAGACACACACAGCAAAUAUGCAGAUCUUUUCCAUCAGCUGGAUAUUAAUAAAGAUGGAAAGGUGGAUAUUCUGGAGCUGCAGCAAGGCCUCAAGGCGAUGGGCAUGGCCGUUGGAGCUGGUGCAGAAGAGAAAAUUGUGGCAGCUGGUGACACAAAUAAGGAUGGUCAACUAGAUUUUGGGGAAUUUAUGAAGUACCUGGAAGAUCAUGAGAAAAAAAUGAAAAUUGCCUUUACUAGCUUGGACAAAAAUAAAGAUGGGAAGAUUGAAGCAUCGGAGAUCAUGAAUUCGCUAAAGACUUUGGGCAUAAACAUUUCACCAGACCAUGCUAACAAAAUCCUCAAAAGCAUGGAUGCAGAUGGCACACUCACUGUGGACUGGAAUGAGUGGAGAGAUCACUUUCUCUUUAACCCAGCGACUGACAUUCAGGAAAUUAUCCGUUACUGGAAACAUUCAACGGUGCUGGAUAUUGGUGACAGUCUCACUAUCCCAGAUGAGUUUACAGAAGAGGAGAAGAAGACCGGUCAGUGGUGGAAACAUCUGGUAGCUGGGGGUUUGGCCGGAGCUGUGUCUCGCACAGGAACUGCUCCCCUCGACCGUCUAAAAGUCAUGAUGCAGGUUCAUGGGACCAAAGGAAACACAAACAUGCUGGCUGGUCUGAGGCAAAUGGUGAAGGAAGGAGGCAUCCGAUCUCUGUGGAGAGGGAAUGGAGUGAAUGUCAUCAAAAUAGCCCCAGAGACCGCUAUGAAAUUCUGGGCAUAUGACCAGUACAAGAAGUUGUUCACCUCAGAGAGCGGCAAGUUGGGAACAGCUGAGAGAUUUAUAGCUGGCUCGCUGGCUGGAGCAACGGCACAGACUUCAAUUUACCCCAUGGAGGUUAUGAAGACACGUUUGGCUGUAGGGAAGACUGGCCAAUACAAUGGAAUGUUUGACUGUGCAAAGAAAAUUUUGAAAAAGGAAGGUGUGCGAGCCUUUUAUAAAGGAUACUUACCCAACAUAUUGGGUAUUAUUCCUUAUGCUGGCAUCGACCUCGCCAUCUAUGAGACCCUCAAGAAUGCCUGGCUUCAGAAAUAUGCAACAGACUCUGCCAACCCAGGGGUGAUGGUCCUGCUAGGCUGCGGCACCGUGUCCAGUACCUGUGGCCAACUGGCUAGUUAUCCACUAGCCCUGAUCAGGACGAGAAUGCAGGCUCAAGCAUCUAUAGAGGGCGCACCUCAGCUUAGCAUGGGAAGCCUCUUCCGCAAGAUUAUAGCCAAGGAAGGUUUUCUGGGUCUUUACAGAGGAAUUGCUCCAAAUUUCAUGAAAGUAAUUCCUGCUGUCAGCAUCAGCUACGUGGUGUAUGAGAAGAUGAAGGUGCAGCUUGGGAUCUAGGACUGUCCAGCUUCCAGCCUUUACACUCAGGAACGUCAGCGUGUGCUUGUGUGUCUGUGUGAUUUUGCGAGAUGUACAUUAUGCAGCAAGUAUGAAAUGUGCUGCUGCCUUAAUUGUGUAUGUUGGGAACCUUUAGAGCUAAUGAGCCAUGGUGAAAGAAAACAUUUUAUGGGCUUGUACACACAGGCAACAGCAAAACAUACUCAUGUUAAAGAGACAAAACCUUGUACUUUGUACGUACACUGUAGUAUACUAUGUACUUAAAUGAGUAUGUCCAUAGAACUCCAUUAUAUUUUACAGUGUUAAUGCUUCCGGGUGUAGUAUAAGUGAGUGACUGGCGGGAUCCCGGGGGCAGCAUACCGGCGCCGGGAUCCCGACCACCGGCAUACCGACAGCAGGGCGAGCGCUAAUGAGCCCCUUGCAGGCUUGCUGCGCGCACCACACUGCGGGCACGGUGGCCCGCUACACGCGCCACGCUAUUUAUUCUCCCUUCAGGGGGGUCGUGGACCCCCAAGAGGGAGAAUGUGUCGGCAUGCCAGCGGUUGGGAUCCCGGCGCCGGUAUGCUGGUCGCCGGGAUCCCGGCCGGCGGCAUACUGAAGACCACCCAUGCUUCCUUACCUUGCAGCUGACAUUAGAAAGUCUACAUGUACAGAGCUAUUUUCCCACAUUAUUAUUAUUUUUAUUUUUGUUUACUAUCCGCGCCAAACCAUGUUUAGUAGGAUUUAAAACAUUCAUCACAAUAUUUACAAUGAUUGCCUGUGUGCCCAACGCCUUAUGGAGGAUUAUGAUUUCAUACUGUGGCUCCCUGUCCUGUGUCAGACCAAUUUAAUGCAAAGUGACAUUUUACAAUGUUUUGGAACUAAAACAGUUUCCUUUUUUUUUAUAUUUGUUUUGGAUUUUUGAUAACUUUUUGUAAUUAUGGCAGGUUUUUGUUGUUUUCUUAUUUCAGUUUGUAAACUUUUUAUGAAUAGUCUAUUCAAUUUGGUGUAAAAAUGAAAUAUUUACCAGCCAAUACCAAAGAAAGAAGGGCAAUGAGAAGUCAAGACGUACAAAUGUUUAAAAAAUGAUUUCUGCAUAGAUCCAAAAGAGGGAAUCUCCGUGUGUUACAGAUGUACCGGGAAAAGCUGAGAUAUAAAUAAUGUACAAUGUAUAAAAAUGUUGCUCAGUUUAUAAAAUAGGUAUAUCAUUCACCAUGUAGGAGAGAAUUUCAGUCAUCCGUAUAAAUCAGGCUUCUCUUCAGCCCACAAUAAUGAACGUCUUAUAUGUGUCUGGGUAGGGUUCACGUUAAAGUCCCUGUACUUGUGAAUAAAACAUUUCUAAUGCAAGGGUUCUUUUAGCUUAGUUAUUAUAAAGGUUUAUGUAACACAACAGGCUGCCUCACACCACAUAUCAACACUCCUCAUUUUUCAGCAGCCGCUCUCAGCCAAUCUUCAGACAUUCGUAUAAUGGUAGAUUGACUUUUGCACAUUACAGUAAGUCACUGUCCUAGUUGUCCAGGAAAUGUCCACACAUCUCCUCUGUCCUAUGACAGCAUCUCACAAAUUAGCAUAAAUCACAAUCAUUAGUCUUUGCUGUGGUACAACGAAGAGAUUAAAUAUUCUUUUGAUCCCAAAACACCAAAACUAAAAAAAAACUAAAAAAAAUAGGGAACUCUGAGAACGUUGUGAGUAACGGAAGGGUCAGAGGUUUGUUGUGCUGUGUGAUUCAGCACUAUUUCAUGCCCAGUACUCACGGCAUGUUACUACAGUAUAUCGUCCACCCACAGUAGGCUUCUGGGGGAACAGAAGGUCAUAUACGUGUCCUAAACGGUCUUCUGUAUCUCUUCCGUCCAGACAGAAAAUAUACAUUUGCCCAAUCUGAACUCCAGUAAAACAAUAAUAGAAUUGUAACUGUCUUUGCAAUUUAUCUUGCCUGUUCAUACACUAUUCUUUACUUGGAAUAAAUACUCCACAGAAUAUAUGCAAUGUAGGGCUCCUGCAGGUAAAGUAUUCAGCUAGUGCUGGUCCGUAAUAGCUUUGUCACUCAUGAUUUAUGGGGAGAGCCCCAAGUGCAGUUUUAGGCCUAGUGGUUCGGUUUUUUUAUUCAUGUUGAUAGAGGGUAUUUUUUUAUUUUAGUUCCCACUCCCCUCUCGUCCAAUUUCUUCUGUGACCUGCAGAAAAUAUAACUGCUCUUAGUAAUCAGGAUGAGUUGGUUCACAGAUGCAUUCCUGCAAGUGACAGGCUAAAUCAAACUCACACCUCAAAACAUGACUCCAUAUUCUAGUUCACCUGGUUUAAUAAAUUAAAACAACUCCCAAAACAAACAUGGUGGUGUCUCCAUUACAUAUAUUGUAUUAUACUCCUUCCCAGGUAGCCUUCUUCUUGCACAGCUCCCCUGCUGUGUGAGGCCACCCAGGAGUGAGCAUAGCACAAUAUGCUCUCAGGCAGAGCCUGGCGGUUGCUAAGCGUUAUGUGCUGUCUUUCUAUCUUCUCUUGUAAGUGUAAAAAGAAAUCGUUAUUUUUGUGUUAUAUACUUACAUGGUGUACAAGGUACUAUGCAAACAGCAAAUCAUGUCAACACUGAUAGGCUGGCUUCAAUGAAGAACAUUUCUCGGUGACCAAAGUAAUAAUGUUAGGUUGAUGUUAGUAUAACUGUAAGGAACACUAGUAAUCACACUUGCAUCCAUCUUGCCACUUUGUUAUGUACAGUAUAUGAUAAGUAAAAGUGUAUGCAGUCUUGUGACUUAUGAGGAGAGCAUGAUAUGAUGUAUAAAAGUUAUUUCCAUGACAAUGAAUUUCCGCAUGUUUAUGUGCAUUUUAAUCUAGUUACAUGAUAUUACCAGUAAAACACUUUGAUAAAUAAAUCCGAUAAGAGUGGACGUACAGGUGCCUUUUGCUAAAAUUUGACUUAAAACCAUUGGGGCAGAUUCAAUUCCACUUUUCAAAACCAGCAAACACAGCUUUUUGCUAUUCAGUUGGAAAAUUGCAUUAAGGUAACACAGGUAUCAAAGGGAGAAAUUGCAGCUUUCAGUUUGCACCUCGCAGCAGCUUUGCAUUUGCAGUCCUUAGCAAUGCAAAUACAGUAGGAGGUGCAUACCACUUAAUCCCUGCAUUUGCGAUUGCGACGGCUGGCUGAGUAAGCUUCAGUUUACUCAGCCUUGCUGUUGUAGUGCAGCUUGCGGGGCCAAGGUAACUGCAUCUCUCGAUGCAGUCCUUGGCCUCGCCGCUCCUGGAAAACGGGGGGACAUGCCCCUGUUUUCUCAAAUGUCGGCAGCCCCUCUCCGCAAACGCCUCUAUCUGUUAAUCAAGCAGAGACAUUCGUGUGUUAGAGAAGAUAUUGCAGGACCCGUUCUGCAUAUGCGUGCGCAGUCCCCGAACAUCGGCAAAGUGCACUAAGGAUCGCUUUUGCGAUCCUUAUUGAAUUAAGCCCUAAUAUCAGCAGAAGUUUCCCUGGCGACUUUCCCUGGCAACUGCUGCUGUUAUACUGGCCACAUUGAUCAGGGCACGUGGGGGUGGGGGAGUUCCAAGGAUGCAGAGGGGUGGGAGGUUCCUCUGAGAUUGGCAGCUGCUGCAAGAUUAUCUCCCAGUGGGCAUUUCUGACUGGUCGCAUCAGAUGUGACCAUGUCAAGGAAACCCCAGACAAGUGAUUAAAUAGUAAACUGUCACUAAAAAAUACUAAUUUUUACAUAAUUUUCUCUAAAACGCACAUACAGUAAAUGGGGUUAAUGAGGACAUGUACAGAUGCUUCCUCAUACAUCUCAAUACACCAUGCAGAAGGAGAUGCCUUGUGCAAAUGAGUCACUAGGUCCUACGCAACACCGCUAACGUCAGGCGUCUUUUAUUGACAAAAAUACAUCUUUGUAGCAACGCAAUGCGACUAGGACACACAGGAAGACUGCUGAUUAAUUAGACAUAUGACACUUGGAUAUUGUGUGUGACUGAGUCUGUAUACAGAGCAGAAUAGAACUCGUAUUGGAAAAAAAUGUGGCUGCUACAUUGUAGCACUUUGUAUACAGAUCCAGAGACUCGUCACACAGUAUAUAGUGCCACAUAUCAAAUUAAUUAGCAUAGUCUCCAUGUGCGUUGAAACUACGAUGCAUUUUCGGCAAAAAAGACCUAAUGCCAAAAGACUCUCACGCGACCUGGCAUGUCAAGAGGCGCUCUUUGACUUGACUGUAGCAAAGAUGUAUGAGGACAUACCAUAACAGUACACUAUAUUGAGGUGUUGUGUUGAUUGAAAUGGGUUUUCGAUCUUGCAAAUGGUAGUUGCAAGUCUGUUUUUUACCAAUAUUAACUAACUUGUAUAUACUGUACAUACUUAUAAUCAUUAUACAGUACAUUUAAUUGUGCCCCAAAAUACUCUAAACACUGAAAUAUACAUGAAGACUAGAAUGUUUCCUUUAUUAAUAAAGUUGGCAAAAGACUCCUAUACUUUUUAAUAGUGAUUAACAGUCUCCUACACUAUCCUUAUAGCCACCAGCUAUAAUUGUUUUACACUUUUUAGGGUUCAGGAUGACUUCCCCAUUCUCUCGUGUACUUCACAAAGUUCACACACUGUAGAAUUGGGUUGGGUACGGGUUCCCAGCACUCAGAAUACCGGUAUCCCGACGGAUCCCAACACUUCUAGGAUAAGUAUUGUAAUCUUCUCUCUUCACUCACCUGACCCUCCUCGCUGCCUAACCAUGACCCUCACCACAGCCUAACCCCCCUCCCGCAGCCUAACCCUAACCUCUUCCUGAUACUACUUAUAUUCCAGAUGUUGGCUGUCAGGAGACCAAUGUCAGCAUUCUGACAGCUGCUGAGAUUCCGGCACUGGUCUUCUGACUGCCGGGAUCCCGUGAGUCAGAGUGGCAACUGUAUCUCACGGAAUUAAUGUGUGUUGCCCUCGACUUAACAUUUCUAUCCUAAUUGCGCAAGCUGUUUAUUAGUAAUAUUAUCACACCAGAUACAUGGAUUACUAAUGCAAUUUCACAGUUCGGAACAUGGCUAAUUGAAUCUGCCCUUUGGUUUAACACAUUUUGGUUGUUUAAUUGUGCGUUUACAUUAUACAAGACAUUAUACAACUACUGAGAGAGUAGUUAAUCAUUCCUUGUCUGUGUUAGACCUACAGGUUCUGUUUACUAUGAAAAACUGUCCAGGGCACUAUUUUUGUAAACUCCCAGAAUAAAAUACUAUUUCUAACA